AAAUAAAUAAAUAAAAGCGAUUGUGAGUAAACUGGAAGAGUCAUAGAGAAACCUCUUGUACCCAAUUAACUGGUAUAGUUUGAGGAUUUGAUUAGUUUUAAUGGCGUCUCAAAAAACCCUAACUGACUAUGAAAGGAGAAGGCUUGAGAAUAUAAAGCGCAACCAAGAGAUGAUGUCUUCUUUCAAGAUUCAGUCUGUAGCUAACCAAUUUCAUUCUUCUACAUCAAAACGUCAAAGAACAGAAACCAAAACUUAUAAAACGAAUCGAGGAAAACAACCGAAAUCGGAAGCCCCAAUUGUAAUGAGACGCUCCCUACGUGCUCGAGGCAUACCUCCUGAGAAAAAAAUUGGACUAGGAGAAGAAGAAAAUGUCACUAAUCCCACUGAAUCUGAAUAUCCUUCUCCCAAGAAAUUGGGUCCUGUUACUAUGCUAGAUGCGUAUAACGGUACUGGUUCCCUUGAUAACCAGAUGAAGCAUCAGAAACAUCUCAUCGAUACCAUCAAGAGUUUAUCUGAAACCAAUUUGAUGAGCUGCUCAAUUCAUGAUGAUGAUGCCUCUGUUAUUGGCUCUUCUCUAGAUCUGGAAUCUUUGAUAUUAAAACCAGAGAAUGUUGCCAGAGUUUUGCCGAAAAAUAUUCUGAAUUUAUGUAUCUUUCCUUGUAAGAAUAGAAGUAUCGUUGUUGCUGGAAAUAAGGCUGGGAGUCUUGCGAUAUGGGAUAUGGAUGCCGACCUUAAAGAAGAUAAAGAAGAACAGAUUGGAAAUGAUGAUGGUAUUUAUCUCUAUGAUCCCCAUACUGCUCCUAUAUCAGGAAUUGUGAUUCAACCGUUUUCUUUAUCUAAGGUAUAUACAAGUUCUUAUGAUGGAUGCAUUCGUUUGAUGGAUGUAGAGAAGGAGGCCUUUGAUAUGCUAUAUUCCAGUGAUGAUGCCAUCUUUUGUCUUUCUCCCCACCCACAUGAGGCAAAGUCUGUGUAUUUUGGUGAGGCUCAGGGUAUGAUAAACGUUUGGGACGAAAGAGCAGGAAAAUCGUCAAGCUCAUGUAUACUGCAUGACCAACAGAUCAACACCAUAGAUUUCCACCCGGAAAACACAAAUUGUAUGGCUACAAGUUCCUCGGAUGGUACUGCUUGCAUAUGGGAUUUGAGAAACAUUAAUGCAAAUCGACCUGAAUCCUUAAAGAUGGUAGACCAUAAAAAAGCUGUUCAUUCUGCUUACUUUUCACCCAGUGGAAAUUGUCUUGCAACCACAAGUGCUAACGACAAAGUUGGAUUAAUAAGGGGAACGAAUUUCAUGGACAUAUCUAUGGUUCAACAUAAUAAUCAAGUCGGCAGAUGGAUUCCCUCUUUCAGAGCAAUUUGGGGCUGGGAUGAUUCUUAUCUCUUCAUUGGUAAUAUGAAAAGAGGAGUUGAUGUCAUAUCCACAGGUUACAGAAAAAUGGUGACCUUAGAAAGCCCUUACAUGUCUGCAAUUCCAUGUCGAUUUUCUGCUCACCCAUACAAGGUUGGAAUGUUGGCCGGUGCUACCGCAGGUGGCCAGAUUUAUACAUGGGUUUCUCAGCAACAUUAAUGCAAAGAGAAAGCAUACAGGCUGUUUUUUCAUCAUGUCCGCAAAGUCUGAACCAAGAAGAAAGCAAUUGGAGUCAUCGUGGGUCAGUCGGGAAGCUCACUCCCCCCUCUCUCCUCUCUCG